AUGUUCAAUCACAGCUCCUCCUCAAAGCCUAACGUUACCGUCGAAGAUAGGUCCGCGAAGCGUUCACGACCGACGGUCGCCGCAUCUACAUCAAUGCCCAGGGAAGCCCCCACAGUUGCAGCAACAACUCCACAGCCACUUCGCAACAGGCAGCCAUCUACUGGAUUUAUAACAAAACCCGCUAACUCCUCUUCUGCUCUACCAGCGUACUCCGAUAUCAGUAAAUCCAACCCAAAUCUUGCACGUGAAUCAGCGAUCGAACAGGAGCGCGAGAUUUCGGAGACUUCAAGCAAUCUCAAAGUUUACAAGUCCGCGAUUCAUCACGCGGCGGUCCAGAUCUCUCGCCGUCCUAAACCCGACAGCGUAUCGCACACGUCUAUCGGAACUGUGAAGGAGUCGAAAGCAGCUACUGAAGCGGCAGCCGUCGCUAAAGCUAGCCAGCUGUCCAUCGCCAAGCUCAGGCAGUAUUGUCUAAACGAGAAGGACUUUUCGAAGUGGGGCUAUCCGGACCCCAGUAAUUCUGAACUGCAACACCCCACGAACCGGAUCCCGCCAGGCGGGAGUGAGGGCACAAAGCAGAUCUGUGAUCGAUGCAAGGUUGAAUUUGUGGUCGAUCCUUCCCCGCUCGAAGACUGCAGAUUCCAUUCCGGUCGCGUCGCUCCUGAGCGAGUAGAGGGUCGUCGCAAAUGGAUUUACAGUUGCUGCAAAAUGGAACGGGGAACUGCAGGGUGUCAAGAAGGACAUCACGUAUUCUCCGACAGGGAGGACGACGUCAAGCUAUCCGCCAGAAUUCCGUUUAGAUACGCCAAAGAUUUGCGGGCUGAUAGGAAAUGGGGGCAGUAUCUGGAUGUCCUUGGUUUGGAUUGCGAGAUGAUCUACACGACUGAUGGAUCGGCUCUUGCGAGAGCGACAUUUGUCGAUGACUGUGGCAGGGUCGUUCUCGAUGAGCACGUACGGCAAAAAUCAGCUGUCCUGUAA